AUGCUCCAGACGGAGACAAGGCAAUUCAUUAAUCAUCGCGGGAGCCAAGCAGAUCCUGCUCCCCACGGGGGCGUCGAGGGCAAGGCCUGGGUGGCUGCUUCGGCAGAUGAGGCGUUGAUUGCGGGACAUCCCUCGUCAGGGCUGAGAAUGGCUUAUUGUUCACUUAUCAGUGAGAUCCGGUCCUCCAAUGCCGCCAAUGCCUCUUCGAUGAUGAUCAUGGGCCAGGCAAAAGGUCGAGUCUUCGUCAAUUACAGAAUCAUCCAUUUGGAGGAUGAGUGGAAACUGGCGAUUGAUUUCUGA